AUGUCUGUUCCAACAAGAAUUCUAGUGAAACUUGUUAAAUCUGGUAUUGAGCCUAAGCUAGCUGAUUUUUCAGAAUGUAUUCUAAAUUACUUUGGGCUGACAAGUGGGUCUGGGAGUCUCUAUGUGGAGCUAAAAGACAAUUAUCUAAUAAUCAGUGAUGUCAGCCAGGCAGGAAGUGAUGAAGUUGCCAUACAGCAUCCAACAUUCUGUCCUAUGCUUCACUUGAGUCUUGAAGCAGUGUCUUUACCAGACGAGAUCAGCACUCGUGGGGUAGAUGUUGGUGCAUCAAUCCUCUUAGAAUCAUCUGAUGGAAAAAUCCUCCUUUCAAAACGAGCGCGCCACCUGCGAAUAUUUCCUGGACUAUGGGUUCCACCUGGUGGCCACAUAGAGGAAAAUGAAACAAUGUUGGAAGCCGGUUUGAGAGAACUGAAAGAGGAGACUGGACUUAAUCUAAAACCAUCUGACUGUCUCCAAAAUAAAAUAUACCUGUUAGCACUUUGGGAGUCUGUUUACCCACCAAAGCUAUCAGUUGGACCACCUGUUCGUCACCACAUUGUUGUGUAUUUUCAUGCUAAGCUUCUGGAAGACCUCACAGCUGAAGUAAUGGAAAGACGUAUAAAUUUUGAACCAGGAGAGGUAGAUUCCUGUGCAUGGUUAGACAGAGAUAUAGUUUCUGCAAUUGCCCAGUCGUUUGAUGAGGACUAUGAUGAAGGCAUCAACAAUGACCAUUUACCAAAGUCUUUCAGGGCAUUAGUUCUGGAUGAAAAUCAGAAGCAAAUAUUCUGUGAUCUUCCAACUGAACCUCUAGUCAGAAUUUUAUCUGCUAGUGCAGAUGACAAGGAGAGAGUUAGCACAGGAACAAAGUUUGCUCUUCAGAAACUUCUUCAGUUUGAAGCUGAUUUGUUAUGA